UCCAAAUCCCUCUUUCAAACCUUCCACUCCUCACUCGAUCGAUCGGUGCCGUUCAUCUCUCUCUCUCGACGCCUCCGAUUUCCGUUGUCAAGUGAUCAAAAUGUCUCGAAGAUAUGAUAGCCGUACAACAAUCUUCUCCCCCGAGGGUCGUCUUUACCAAGUGGAGUAUGCAAUGGAGGCCAUUGGGAAUGCUGGUACUGCAAUAGGGAUCUUAUCAAAAGAUGGGGUUGUGCUGGUUGGUGAAAAGAAGGUCACAUCCAAGCUGCUGCAGACCUCAACUUCCACCGAGAAAAUGUACAAGAUCGAUGAUCAUGUUGCAUGUGCUGUGGCUGGGAUAAUGUCUGAUGCCAACAUCCUAAUCAACACAGCCAGGGUACAAGCGCAACGCUACACAUUUGCCUAUCAAGAGCCCAUGCCAGUUGAGCAGCUAGUUCAAUCUCUCUGCGACACCAAGCAAGGCUACACCCAAUUUGGCGGUCUUCGACCAUUUGGAGUCUCCUUCCUGUUUGCAGGGUGGGACAAGAAUUUUGGCUUUCAGCUUUACAUGAGUGACCCCAGUGGAAAUUAUGGUGGUUGGAAAGCUGGAGCUAUUGGUGCAAAUAACCAGGCUGCACAGUCAAUACUGAAACAGGACUAUAAGGAUGAUAUCACUAGAGAAGAAGCAGUGCAACUUGCAUUGAAGGUUUUAAGUAAAACCAUGGACAGCACAAGUCUGACAUCAGAUAAGCUUGAACUUGCUGAGGUUUAUCUGUCUCCUUCUGGAAAAGUCAAGUAUGAAGUUUGCUCCCCAGAGUCCCUCACUAAGCUGCUAGUGAAGUCUGGUGUGACCCAACCAGCAACAGAAUCUGCCUAGUUUGCUGUUCUAUCCCCUGAUGCAGUUUAAUUAUGUCUAUCCUUUUCAUUUCUGGUGUUUUUGGAUUAGAUUGCAGAUAUUGGCUCAAACAUAUUCAAGCUUAGACAUUGUGUAUGUUGGUAAUGCUGAUGGCAGAUAUUUCGUAUUUCUUAGAUUUUCAUGACAGUUCGAUGGUAUUUGCGUUCCAUUUGGUUUA